UAGGUAUGUAUUUUUAAACAAUCAUUGUCAUCUAAAUGUCAAAAAUAUAUCUGAAAAUGUACGCAUAAAAAUUGGAAUUAACCAGCAGAUUUUAUAUACAUUAUUGUUUCAUUUAUAUUUUGUAUUAUAUAAUUUAGUAUUUUACUAAUUUUGAUAAAAAAAUGAGACAAAUUGCUUUAAUAUUUGUUGUUGUCUUGUUGAUGCCUAAUUCAGGUUACGCCAGUCACAAGUGCUAUCAAUGCUUGGCUGACCUUAACGCCGACUCACCUUGUAAUAGUCCUGUGGACGUGGCCCAUCUUGAUGUAUCCAGUUGUAAUGAGACUGAGAUAUACUGUUUUAAAACUAUUUUUGAGGUGGGCAACGAAGGAAAUGAAGAAAAGGAGACAGAAAUGAUCUUCAGAUCCUGCGGAAAACCUGACUAUUGCGGGAAUCCCUCCGAUCGCAUCAUGCAAUACAUAAAACAGGAUAUGGGUGACGUGGAUUUGCAAAAGAAGAGGAUAAUGAAAAAGGAUUGCGCCGUUUGCUCUGUGGAUCUGUGCAAUGGAAUCGGCAGGGUUCAAGAAUCUUUGAUAUUUAUUUGUACUUGUUUGUUUGUAAUUAGUAUGUUUUGAUAAUUUUUUUUUUCUAAAAAUCAGUUCUGUUUUUAAUUUGCGAAGUCAAGAAAAUAGUCAUCACUGUAGUGAUUGGU